UCUCAUGUCCACUAAAUACUCUACUCGCCUCUUACUCCUAGCCUCUCCCCCCAUUACCUUUUGUCACUGCAUUUUCAGCUGUUCUCUCUCUCUCUCUCUCUCUCUCUCUCUCUCUCUCUCUCUCUCUCUCUCUCCCUCCCUCCCUCCAAUUAGGGUUUCCUCUUUCAGGUAUAUCUCCCCUCCAGUAACAAAUCUUUGAUGCUUUCUCCUUCAAUUGGCUAAGGCUAGCUAGCUCAUAAAUAUAUAUAUCCUGGAAGGAGCUAAGAACACAUACAGCUAGCUCUUAAUUACUUGCAAGAGCUCCGCAAGGGAAAGAAUAAAAAGCUUUGGUGUGCAGUGAAAUAAUUUAAAAUGGCAUCCUCCAGCUCCUCCUAUAACUCUCCAUGCGCUGCCUGCAAGUUCUUGAGAAGGAAAUGCAUGCCCGGCUGCAUUUUCGCACCGUAUUUCCCACCAGAGGAGCCCCAAAAGUUUGCAAACGUCCACAAGAUCUUCGGGGCAAGCAAUGUCACCAAACUUCUAAACGAGCUCCUGCCUCACCAGCGUGAGGAUGCCGUGAACUCCCUGGCGUAUGAGGCCGAGGCACGUGUCAGGGACCCGGUCUAUGGCUGUGUUGGUGCCAUUUCUUUCCUCCAACGACAGGUCCAGAGGCUCCAGAAGGAGCUCGAUGCCGCUAAUGCUGAUCUCAUCCGCUAUGCCUGCACUGAACUCACAACAACUGUGUUGCCUCCUCCUACUGCAUCAAUGGCCGGGAUAAAUUCGGUAAUUCAGCCGAACAUGGCUCCUCAGAGAAGGUUGGUUGAUCAUCCUUCUCAUCAUCAUCAGUAUUACCAACAAACCAGUACAACUACAACUAGUAAUGCUCCUGGAGUCGCUUUCCCAGUACCUUAUCUUCCGUGGAAUGGAGGAGGAGCAGGUAGUGGUGGUGGUGGAGGAGGAGAGGGCAGAAUGUGAUUUAAGAUUUGGGAUUUUGAGGUUUGAGACCCUAGCUUUAGCUCAUCACAAUAAUUGACAGAGGUAAAUAAAACCCAAUUCAGCUAGGGUUUGGUUGUGUCAGGCAGGUGUGGUAUUAUAUAGAUAUGUUUACAAAUUGUUGUAGUAGAACUCAGCAGGGUCUCUAUGCCUAGCCUCACGUGUAGUAGUACUACUACUCUGAUCUUAUAUAUUUAUAUAUAAGAAUUUGUAGCUAGCUAAAGCCAAAUAGAUCGGCUUAGCAGUUUCAUUGUUUCCCAAGUAUAACUUGGAGUUGGUGGGUUCAGUGCUAGCUAUAUACCUAAAUUACAUAUUCUUCUACCCAAAUAAGGCUUCGGUUUAAUCAAUAAUAUUGGAGCAUCUAAAUA